UCCUUCAUUGGCCUACAAGCUAGCUUGGGAUUCUUCACAUGAUAUAGAUAACAAAAUGAAGUUGCUUGUGGAGAGGUGGUGAAGGAAUUCAAGUGUCUGUUUCUGCAUUGUUUAUGUUCGGAGGGGUUUCUUCCAGGGGUUAUCUUCUGACUGCUUUUUAUUGAUCUUCAAAUGCACAUUGGUUUGUUAUUGAGACCAGAGGAUGAAACUAUAGGAAAAGCUUUGCUUGCAGCACUGGGUCAAGCCUGAGGAAUAGCUCUCAUAAAUAUAUUCUGGGCAAUCUCUAGUAUUGGAAGAGGUUUUUGUUUUGCUUUGGUCAUUGUAUAGAGUUUAGAUUGCUAGAAUUUAACAAGGCUGAGGAGUAAUACAGGCAGUAACUGCAUUUGUGUUUUGGUUCUCUUUUUUUUUCGAUAUUUUUGGUUUUCUUUUUGUGUGGAAAGAGAAGCUUCUCUAGCUUGAAAGAAUGCUCACUUUGGAAAGAGGAGUUAUCAGGGGAUUAGCAAGUUUUCUGAUUCUUGUUUUUCUCGCAACAUUGGUGACUUCAUUUCCAGACUCUCAUAAACCAAGUCAAAGCCAUAAAACCAGAAAACAAAACCAACUGAAGCUGACUCCCGAACUAUCAUUUCAAAUCACACUCCACGCAUUCCUUCUGUGGGCUUCCAUUGGUUUCUUGAUGCCUGUUGGGAUAUUCAUAAUUAGGAUGUCCAACAGAGUUGAAUGUGGCAAAAAGCUCAAGGUUCUCUUCUACUCCCAUGUCAUUGUGCAGAUGAUAGCUGUCCUGCUUGCUACUGCUGGAGCAGUUCUGGCUAUAAUGAACUUUGAGAAUUCCUUCAACAACACUCAUCAGAGAACAGGGUUGGCACUUCAUGGAUUGAUAUGGAUUCAACCUUUGAUUGGCUUUCUCAGGCCUCACAGAGGAGUGAAAGUAAGGAGCAUAUGGUACUUUGUGCAUUGGCUACUUGGAAUUGGAAUUCCUAUAUUGGGGAUCAUAAACAUUUACAUUGGCCUGCACACCUACCAUGAGAGGACCUCCAAAAGUGUAAAGUUGUGGACUGUUCUAUUCACUGCAGAGAUUGUGAUCAUUGCUUUCAUCUAUCUUUUCCAAGACAGGUGGGAUUAUAUGAUGAAGCAGGGUGUGAUCCUAGGUGAUGAGCAGAUUAGAUCUACUGACCAUGUACCAUCUCCAAGUACCAGGCUGAAAGAGUUAGUAUCAAUUGCCUAGUGGAGAGCCAAGGUCCAAAGGCUUGUUUUCAUGUGCUUAUGAACUAUUUUAGCUCUAGUAUUGGCUCAAACACUUUUGUUCUUCUGUUAGUGCAUUCUUUUAGCAACAUGGUGAUAGUGUUGGAAACUGUCAAUGGAAUGGAAGCAUCAGAAUUAGAAAAGGAGAUUAUAUGUAAGAAGUAUGGGGUAGUGGGGGCUUUGAUGCUUAGAAAUUUUUUGAGAUGUAGUCAGCUGCUCAGAAUUUAGAUCCAUUGUGUAAUAUAAAUUUAAGCAUCUGUGUACAAUGAUCAAACAGGAUUGAUUAGUUGCAAUUCAUCUUUUCCUUUCUGUAACUAUAAAUUUUGUUUCAUCUUUUGAAAUAAUACAACAUUAGAACAUAUUUUUUU